AAAUCCCUCGCCCUUCCUGCGAGCAUCAACCGGAACGCGACGCCGAAUUGGUGUUCCGGUAAGACAGAGGUCCAGGUAUACAGCAACCUGAAGGAAAUUCAAGGCACCGACAUACCAAAACUCCGUGCAUUCGCUAUUAUGCCUGUUCCCUUCCCGGGUCAAACGAACGGCGAUUAUACCGAUAUACCUGGGAUCCUUUUGCAAUAUAUCGAUGGCCUCCCUUUGACCGGAGCUAUUGGAAAUAUUGUUCGUAAUGGUGAUCUGGGAAUACUUAAUGAGGACGUUAAAACCAGGAGCCACAUUGUGCGUGAGGGCAGGGGGAAUGGAUCCAAGGUGACCAUUAUCGAUUUUGCUCUAUGCAAAUUCCGUCAAGAUUACGAAGAUGACUAUGAAUGGGAUAAGUGGAAAUCGUACGACGGCGAAGAGGGGGCAGUGGGAUAA